UCACGUACUGAAAGCGAACAAAAAGUUCUGAAACGAUUCAGAGGCACAUCGGGUCCUCAUGACUUUGACAGACUUGUUAAACUUGCAUCCGAUGCAAUGGGAUUCAACGACAGCAUUUCCGAGAACCAACCACAUUUUGCUGGAGACGUGCUUUGUGUUGAGAUUCGGGGUCCAAGAUGUCCUCGCCUCACUCUUGUGGAUCUGCCAGGACUAAUUGCUGUAAAUCCUGGUAAAGCAGCUCAAGGAAAUGCAGACGACAUUCGCAUCGUAGAGGCAAUUACUGACAAGUACAUACGGGACGAAAUGUCUGUAAUUCUGCCAGUCGUCAACUCAAAUGUUGAUAUUCAGGAUCAUGGCAUUCUCGAAAAGGCCCGUCGCGUGGAUCCAAAAGGCCGACGAACGUUCGGAGUUAUUACCAAACCCGACCGCAUCGAUGCUGGAGGGAAGAGCGAGGAAGACUGGUUAAGGCUCGCCCGACAAUCCGAAGAUGCAUUCUUCAAGUUCGGGAAAGGCUGCCACGUUCUCGUCAAUCGUAGCAAUCAAAAACCACAGACCGGAACUUCGUCUGCAGAACGCGACGUGAAUGAAGAGAACUUUUUCCGCGAAGAGUUCUGGUCCGAAGAUAGCGGCGAGAAUGCAGGGAAGACAAAUAACUGGCACGCACUAUACCCAACAAAUCAAUGGGGCACGAGGCACCUAGUCCCUCGUCUCGGUACUCUUCUUUACAAACAUACGCUUGAGCAAAUCGAUAGCGUCCGCACCGACAUCGAAACGAGACUCGCAAAUUAUGACGCGCAACUAGAACACCUAGGGCUGGGCCUACUCGAUUCGUCCAAACUCGCCAACAUUCUCUUGGCACGCUUUCUCGAGAUUUCGAAAACUACAUCUCAGGCCGUCCUCGGUACCUAUCGCCUCGACCCCUCCUUCUUCGGCAUAGACGAAGACGAAAAGACGUCUCGCUACCUUCGCUCUCGUAUCCGUGACGGAAACGCCGCGUUCCACGCGCAGAUGAAGGCGAAAGGGCACAGAGCAGAGUACAAAGUCGCACCCGACGAGGCACCACCAGAUGACUUUGCUUGGGCAGACUUCUUUCAUCGAUUCUUGAAAGAGUCUGUGGGGACAGAGUUACCAGGCAAUUUUGAUCCAGAGCGUACGACUAAGUUGUUCCAUCACUACUCUAAGCCGUGGGCGGAAUUAUCCCGCGAUUACCUCAAGCUCGCAAACAGGCAUUGCAGAGAUUUCUUACUCCUCGUCGUCAACCGAAAGCUUGGCAAAGACUUCCCUGAUAUCGCCACAAACUUCUGGAAGCAUGUCAUGGAAGCGCGACUACAAGAGCGGGUCAAAAGCGCAGCCGGUGAGCUUGCAGCGCUUGAAAAAGAUCGCACCGGUGACCUCGUAACGGAGAACUUGAUGUUUCUAGAGCAAUCCUCAGAGAAGUUCGCCGUCAGGCUCGCAAAGAGGAUCAAGGGUGCUGAGGCCCAGAAGGUGUUUCCGCCGCAGAGCGAUGACCAGAUGGCGAAGGUAAUUGGGCUUGGUGAUCCGGCAGGGAAAAGACAAGAAGCUGCGGUACAGAUGAUGCAGGAAAUGUUAAUUUACUACAAGAUUGCACGCGACCGCUACAUUGACAACGUUAUCAUUCAAGUCGUAGAGCGCCACUUGCUUCGCUCCCUCGACGAGGAGUUCAGUCCUGACUGGAUCCGAGACGCGAGUCUGUUCGAUCGGGUCACUUGCGAUCCGAAACACGAUGAGCGGCAGAGGGAACGGGAUGCUGUGCAGCGUAAGCGGGAUAAUUUGCAGGAUUGCUACUUAACGCUAGAGAGUCUGCGAACAUAGUCUAGUGUGUCUGUGAGUGUGGGCACAUUGGCCUUCUUUCGAGAUCUGCUUUCCUUCUGGGGCGUCAUGUGUAUCGUCUUGCUACGGCAUGGCUAUACGCAGGACUGCGCUCUAAAUCACAACACCGUAACCUUUACAUUCAACUUCUAGGUUCAUCAUAUCUCUAGAGGUGUCUCACAUCACUAUCUACCAGCCCAAAAUGCGCCCCCGGAUAUCCUAUUUGAACCUUGUAAGGAAAGUAGUAAACCAGCGCUAUGGAUAGGGUUACAAGAGAGUUACUUGCAUUCAAUUGAAUCAAAGUUUUGGCAGAGUUUAUGAAUUAUUCCAGUAAUUGAGGUGGCCUCAAUGUCUCUCCACAUCCAGCACGAUCCCAACUAGACUAGCUAGAUAUACACUGCGGUAUUCGAGCAAUGCAACACGAGUGCAUUAUUAAGGCUCAUUCGUACCUC